AUGGAGGACAUCUACAAUAGGGAGCAGAAUCUCUAUCAUGAUCCAGACCUCCGACUCCCCCUCCGGCCUGAACCCUUGCAACGCGGCAAGCAGUUUGAAUCGUUCGGCAGCACGUUUGGCCACAAGAAGGUAGAUCUCGGUCGGUCGAGCCAAGGUUCACGGCAAACAGAAACGCGGAGGGACAAGAGCGGUGUGGCUAGUAGCAGUCGCGUUGGAUUGUCGAGGACUUCGUCGUCAAGGAGCGCCGUCUCGCUAGUGUGUCAGGACUCUGAACUCGAUGAUAGCGACGAUGAGCUAGAUUGUCUCUCGAAGCGGAGCUCGUCUCCUGUUGCGCCCAGUCCUCCAGAGCAGUCGGCAUACCUAAAGAAGAUUGAGAAGACUUCCAACGGUCUGAAGGGCUUGAAAUUUAAGAAGAUGUCGAAAUCGGGGUCCGGGUCGGCGGGGCCCACACUAUCGAAUAGUCAACCGACAAGCAGCGCUAAUAGCACGCUCAAUACGCACAAAGAGAAUGUAUCUGCACCCGAACCGCCACCGAGACCCGCUCUUCCUCGAAUGAAAGUGACCGACUCGGAGGUCGGUCGCACCGAGAGGGGCCCACGCCGCAAAGCACCGCCUACAUCUCAGCCUCUGAAGGCCAAAGAACCGAAUUUCAAGAACGUUGGCGAACCGAAACCCAUUCGCAAGGCGCGCGAUACAACUCCCGUCGAUGAUCCCCCUAAGAGGCCACGGCCCCGUCGACUGCAAAAGUCGACUGCGAAACCCACAGAGCCCGAACGAACCCCUUCGCCAGCUCUUCCACAACGGUCUUCCUCUCCCAGUAGACUCGGCCGCAAACCGUCAAAAUUCCCCAUGGAUGACUUGACUCCCCUUGCCGAAGAGAAGAAAAGUCAACUCCUGGCUAGAAAACCAUCUUCAUUUCCCCUCAUGUCCCCGCUGUCUAAUAGUCGCUCGAUGUCAAAAUCCAUGGCAUCUAUCCCCCCGGCGUCCUCUCCCCCGUCUGAAGUCGAAGUCUCAGAUGGUGACGUCACUAAAGGUUCGAAGAGAGGCAAGGCCAAGAAACAAGUCGUGGACUCCCGCGGCACUCGUAAAAUACUAGUAACCGACGAGGAAGGUAAUUCGGACGAGGGAGAAGAAACCAAACUUCAGCCGUUCCCUAUGAGCCCUCAAGAUAUGGAAAGUAUCAACCGAUUCCCGUCACCAGGCCCCUCUAAUCUUGGGAAACGCGUAUCCCCCGGAAAUCUUACUGCGGGGAAGAGCAAGAAGAGACGCGGCUUGUCCCCGGAGAUAUCUUUCCCGAGCUUCACUCAGCGCGACGCCGAGAUGGAUCACUUAUUUCCAUCGAAUCAUGCUGAUCCUAAAACACUAUGUCCAUAUUGCGAUAUGCCACUUCCAUCCUCUCCCACUCCUCUCUUGCAGUACCUACUCUCCCCUGACUAUACGCCUCUAUACUCUAAGUCGGAUCCCGAUCCGCGGCCGGGAAACCGACUCGGCCGUACGGCACCUUUGAGUGCAUUUAUCUCGGUGUGUCAACGGCAUCGUUUCGAGAGCGAGAUGCUCCCCGAAGCGGAACGCAAGCGCUGGCCAAAGGAAAUUGACUGGCAGGCAUUGGCUGCAAGGGUGACGAGUAUGAAGCACAUCGUCCAGGAAUUAAUCCUGGACACCGCCGGGGAGGCCGACGGUCCAAGGGAACGCUGCGUUUUCUGGGCAGAAGUAGUUAAGGAGUACAGGGAGAAGGGAUCGCGGGCGGUAACAGGUGUUAGAGGUCAGUUCGAAAACUUCGAGAAAACUCAACCUGGAUACUACGGCGAACAGGGAUCCAACAUUAUUCAUCAGUCCUUGUACAGCCUUUUCCCUCCGUCGUCAAUUGACCCAUCCUCUGUCGCUCCCCUUUCGCCGAAUGAGUUUAUCUCACGCGUGCUCGUCCCCGAAGUCGCCAUUGCCCUGAUCAUGGAGGACCGACGGUCUAAGGGAGACAAAGGCAGGGCCGAAGCAGUGAAGAUACUCAGAGAUAGUGCGGCUUACGGGGUGGCCAUGUUCCCCGAGGACGGGGGAGACUGGGCACAGGCCGAAAAGUCCAGGCAAUCAGGCAAGGGCAAGGGCAAGGCUACCCGCAAGAAGCCUAACCCUGAUCAUGUCAACGACUUUGAAAUCGGUGUUGCUGAUAAGAUAGUCAUGGAAAGGGCACGCAAGCGCCGAAUGGAGGUUGAAGAAGAGAUGAAGAUGGAGGAUGACCUACUUCGUCAACAACGAGAGGAGGCGGAGGCAAGGACUGACGACGAGAGGUUGGGUGAAGGAGAAGACAACGUGGCGGCAAAGAAACCUACCGAUAAUAAUCUUGAGGAAGUUAUUAUUGUCCAAGACGAGCCCAUGGAAGAUGUCGUACGCCCCAAGCAGCGACCCAGGCCUGUUCCGCUCGGGCGUAAACCUAGCCAGCAAAGUUCAUCGUCUUCUUUGAACCGUCACGGCGAGGACACAGACACGAGUGAAACGCUCAGUGCGUCGGAAAGCACGUCGGCUCGACCGAAGACUGCUCGACGCAAGAAACCUCGAACGCCUGCCACGAGGUCUCCUAUAAUCAGCAACUUCGAAACGGUGAACAACAAUGGGCAGUGCUCGAUGGACUGGGCCCUCCCUGAGGACGACAGAUUCUCAAACAUGGAUCCAGAUACAAUGGACUUGUGCUCUGACUCUAGUGAGAAGGCCGGUAGCAUCCGUAGCAAGAGAGGAUCUCGGGUAUCAAAGUCCAGAAGUGUUACACCCAGCGAAUUUGGCGUCAGUCACUCCCGUACUUCGAGAUCUAGGUCAAGAAUAAUUAAAGAGAAGGAGCGGGAGGAUGAUGCAGGCGACGUGUCCAUUCUGGAUAUAUCAACACCCAGAGCGCUUACAUCCAAGACAAAUUGGUGGCAAGAUGACAACGGCGACACCCCGCGUCCACGCAAAAUAACUUCAACGAUUUCAUCCACCUCUUUAGCUUCAAGUUCAAACUCGGUUUGGGACAGAUUAAAUCAACGAAACCUGGAGGUUGGAGACCUUCUCAAAUCUCCAGCUUCUUCAGCCAAAACGGAUGGUCCUUGGGCAAAAAGCUUGACUGUCGAUAUUUCAGAUGACGACUGUGCAUCAUCUUCAACCUCAGUAGGACGCCAAUAUAGAGAGCGACCUGCUCCAUCACGGCGGGAAAAGAAGGCAGGCCCUCAUUCAUGGCUUUUGAGCGAUGGGUCGCAGGAAUGCGUUUAG